GCUCGCCUCAGCCACAUGCGUAAGGACAACAAUACCAAGCCCCACUGUUGUUUCGGAUACCCGCUAGCCAGCUCGUUCAUGCAAGCAGAUCUACGAUCGUGCUUCGGUCAAACAUCUCCAGCCGUCAACGGUGCAGGAAACGAGAUGAUCGAACGGCAGACCGAAAUGCAGCUGACCAACAAAUCGCCAAAGCGCACAUGCCGUGCCGUUCCGUCAAAAUCGCUCACGUUCUUCAAUCAACCACACCUCCGCAAGUUGGCCGAAGCUGAAAGCUGUCCGGCGCCAAGGCAGAAGAAGUUCUACAAGCAUCACGUCUACAAAGGAGAAGUAUCAACGGCAGGAGAAGGCUUGCAGAAAGCCGAAUUUGCAGAAUCUUCAAAGAUCGGUCGAGCUGUCCGAAACAUGCUCAAUGCGAAAUUGGAAUGUGAACAGGUGAGUACCGUUCCAUUCGCUCCAUCUCCACCCGUUCGUUCUACCGGGUCUUUUGCUGUUCCAGAUGAUGCACGCGAGUCAAGUCAACCACCACCAAGAGCUGCAGAAACUCCAAAGACCGGUAGAGCACUCCGAAACUGCUCGAUGCGCAUAAGGAAUGCGAACUGAUGAUGCCACGUGAUUCAAGCAGGUCGGUUCGUCAAUAAUGAACCACCCACGCCCUGAAGGAAUUUCAUCAAUGGAUCGUGUCAUGGCGACACGAAGUCUUCCCGAACGAUGCCGAAGAUAAGGAGAGAGGAGAAGAGAGUUUUGAAAUAGCCACGGCUGUUUCAAGGUGGCCGGAAUGGUCAGAUCUGAACUGACCAUGAAGGUGUUGUACAGAUGUAAAUAGGUCGAAUUAGUUUUAGCACACAAUUUACACAGAAUGCAUUCGAAGACACACAAACACACACUCACAUUUAGGGUUAGUUAAUUGAAUUUACUUAUGAACUAAACACACAAAAAUUAGCUGCAUGCAAAAUACCGAAGUUGCUCUACUACACGGUAUCAUCAUCCUCGCUGAUAUCUCUCAGUUGGGAGAAUCUGUAUCUCUACCGUGUGAAGCAGAAUUGGUAAAAAGUAGCCUAGACAGAAGAUCAAUACGAGAACCAGGACAGUACGAAAUACAUCUCGCAAGCACAAACGUCGCGUUCUUCUUGUUCUUUACAUUGCCAAAUCCCAAUACACAAGUCGUGCAGUAAUUAAAAUCGAGUUUAUUUCUGAUCCGAAAUCGUUCGACAAUUUGAACCCAAAUCGUGAAGAUUCGCCGCGUAGUGAUCUGUCUCUAGUGCCGCUGAAACAAGUCCAGCGGACUGAGUGUGAUCGUUAAGGUGAUCGUGAAGCAACAACGACACUUUCACGGUGGAAAGUGCGAAGUACGAGUGCCUAUAGUGUACGGUAGUGAGGUGUUACCUGUCUCCGAGGUCUUCAGGUGCCACCAACGAAGGUGGGAAGCAAAACCUCCAACGUCCGGCGCAAGUUCGAGCCCC